UUCUUCUUUAGGUUUCAGAGGAGCGUGUUGGAUCUCUCCUUACAAUGGAGAUUUGCCAGACUGCCCAACAAUGCCAAGCUGGAGAUGGUGCCAGUCUCUAAUACAGUGGGAAUUCAAAACACGGUUCGGAUCGCAUUACAGUUAGAUGAUGGCUCCCGUGUACAAGACACCUUUCCCUGUCAACAGACUUUGUGGGAACUUCUCAACCAUUUUGCAAAGAUCAGGGAGUUUAUGGAACAGCACUGUGAAUUCUCUCCAGUCUGUAUUUACAUGCGAGAUGAGAUAUCAGGAAAAGAUGCCCUGGAGAAGACAACGCUGAAGUCACUUGGCCUGACUGGAGGCAGUGCCAUCGUCAGGUUGGGCAGAGCAGAGUUUGGACUCUUUAUUUUUCCUUUCCACUCUGGUG